GACCGCGGGCACUGGGUCAGACAUUGGAUCGUCUGACUGGACAGCGGGCAUGGGUCACCAGGCAUCAGGUCAUUUUUGGCUCGACAGCGGGCACCGCGUCAAAACUGGCAAGGCAGUGGGCUCCGAGUCAACUGGUAUUGGAUCGUCUGACUGGACAGCGGGCAUCGGGUCACUAGGCAUCAGGUCAUUUGGCUCGACAGCGGGCACCGCGGUCAUCUGGCAAGGCAGUGGGCUCCGAGUCAACAGGCACGACAGGAGCACCGGGUCAUCAGGUACCGGAUUUGUCUGGCUCGACAGCGGGCAUCGGGUCACCAGGUAUGACAGCGGGCACUGGGUCACAAGGUCAUCAGGUCAUUUGGCUCGACAGCGGGCACCGGAUCAGGUACCGGAUCAUCUGGAUCAACAGCGGGCAUCGAGUCAUACUGGCCUAAUAGGAUCGUCAGGCUGGAUCAGGCUCAUCAUGCUGGGUAGAGGCAUCAGGCUGAAUGCCGGC